AUGAUCCGUCGGCGGAAGCUAGGGCUGCGGCGUGAUUCUGAUUUUGUUUAGUUAGAUUUGGAAUGUCUUUGCAUUGGCCUUGGAUUAGAUGAAUCUGAUGGGGGCUUGGUUUGUAAAUUCUCAUGUUGCUCUCUUAAUUUUCUGAUAGAUCGAUCCACGGACUGAUGUUACUUCCCACCCCCCAUACUUGUCAUGUUAAAUGCAGACAGGUGAAUGGUUGUCUGAAUUUGGUUUUGAGUGUGGAUGAGCGGUUUCCCUAAAGUUGUGUUGGGGAAGUUAUAUUUAAUUGAUAGAUGUGAUUUUCCCUUGGAAGAAACAUGUUCUAAUUUGAUGCGCGUGUGUGCGUGCUUCUUUUAAAGUCAGUAAUCAUUUUGUGAUUAGCCUUUUGCAUUUUGGAAUUUUAAUAUCAACUAGGCAGUAAUGUGCCCUGAUUGCACGAAGAUGAUUGAUUAUCUUCCCAUAUUUUUUUUUCUGUUGCCGCCUUGCUGUAGCUGAGAGGACUUUUAGUUUUUUUUUUAGUGGAACAGCAAACAUCAAGCUGGAAAGUUUUGUUGUAUGGGUAUUGGGCAAUAACUUUUUAGAUGUGUUAUGGUGAGUGAGAAAAUUAAGCAUAUACUAUAUUUGGACUCAGCGGUUACUCUGAAAGAUGAUGUUAAGGUAACUACUAAGUAUUGUGGAGAUGAAUUUAUGUUUACACAACCGCUUUCAUGAAUAAUUGAAUUACUAUAUGCCAAUCAUUAAGGAAAUCCUAGCAAUGGUCUGACUACUAGAAUACUGCAACCCUGCAAGUAAUUAAAGAAGGAUAUCAGAACUGAAUAAGUGAGCAAGAGAUUUGUGCUUCUUAUGACUGGUAUUUGGAAGUAUGAAUACUUGCAGGGUAAGCUUAAUAACAAAUGGAAAUAUUUGUAUUGCUAAAUGGGAGCACACAUAUUGUUUCCCCACUUGAAUUCUUGGUGAAAGCUGUUUAUGUAUGAUCUAAUGAUAGGAAAAUGCUAUACUCAGUUAGCUUUUGCAUAUUGUUUUGUGCUGUAGGUUCGUUCGUGAAUAAGAUAUCAUAUUCUCUACUCUAUGUGAUCUCUUUUGCAUGUAUGUUGUACUCCUGAUAUCAUCUUCCUUCUCUGACCGAUCUUCUUUGUAAUGCACUUUUUCUCUUUGGAGUUGAACUGAAUCCAUGCAGAGCCAUGUUUUCACAUAUAUUUUGUAAACUGCUGGUUCAGGAUUCUGGUACUACAUAAAUUAGAACUUGAAGUUGUAGACAUGUAUCCAUCAUCCAAAUCUAAGUCCAAAGAUAAAAAGGCUGGCAAAGAAGCUCCAAAAAAUUCUCUGAAGCCUUUGGGUCAUGUUAACACCAGUAGUGCGACCCCAUCAAGUGGAUAUAAUCCUGUUUUGAAAACAUUUCAUACAUUUGAAUCAGGACCAGUGCCUUCGGCCAGUCCGCUUCAUGUUAAUGGUUGUUUCCGUAAUAUAGACGACACAGAUGAUCAUAAUGGAAGUUCAUCGGGGACUGGUGUUGAGUAUGAUUCUAUUUCCAAUAAUGGCAGUUGGUCUGGCGACUCUGAAGACCAUAAAGAAAAGUCAUCUCAACAGCUUACAUGCCAGGAUAUAAUACCUGGAGCUGACAAUGACAAAAGAGAGAAAAUACGGCAGAAGAAUGAGAAGAAGCAUCAGCGUCAAAAGGAGAGGCGAGCGCAAGAGUUGCAUGAACGGUGCUGUGGCUUUCUCAUGUCGAGGAAGCUGGAAGCACUAGCACAGCAGCUUGUAGCUAUGGGCUUCUCCAAAGAGCCGGCAACAAUGGCUCUUAUUAUGAAUGAAGGUAGGUUAGAGGAAUCGGUAUCAUGGCUUUUUGAAGGUGGUGAUGAAAAGAAAUUUAAAAACUAUAUUGCGGGUAUACGUAGUAUGAAAAUUGACAUAUCAGAGGAGCUUGCUCGCAUUACUGAUAUGGAGAUUAGAUAUAAGGCUUCCAAACAACAGGUGGAAAGAGCUGUGGUAUGCUGUGAGGGUGAUAUUGACAGGGCUGAAAAAGCAAUAAUGAUACUAAAGGAAGAUCCUCCUGCUGUUCCAUCUAAGCCUGAUGAAAAUGGUGAUCCUCCUACUGUAGCAAUUAGUGAGCCCGCAGUUGCGAUUAGUCAGAAUUCAUUAAGAAUGCAACCGAAGUCUACAUCGGCUACCACUGUACAGCAGGAAAGGGAUGACAAAGAUUUCAACCAUACCAAAGUUCCAGCAACAGUGGGGUCCUCAGCGGAUCCUGCGGCCAAAAGCUUGCAGGUGCUGAAGAAAAUACCACCUAAAGCUGACUCGGCAAAACCACAGCAGAUUGCUGUGCUAGCAGAGAAAAGGUGGGUAAGUGCAGGAUCAGAUCCUUCUGCAUCAUUUUCUUUAGCAUCACAUUCUCUGCCUUCACCAACUCCAACCAAGAUGGAUGUCCGCUAUGCUGGUGUUGGAAAUGAUUUGAAGAUUUUGCAGCUUGGAUCAGUCAAAGAACCAGUUAUCGUCAUGCAGCGACCUCAAUCUAUUAAUGCAAACCAGGCUCCUAGUGCAGGUAGUAGCUCAUCUCCUCCUGGACCUAUGGAUAUGAGUUGGUAUCCUAGUUAUGUUGAACCAGUAAAGCCACAUGGAUUUGUGCCAUCUGUUACUGUGCCUAACAAUGUUAGCUUAAAUCAGUUGUAUGGCCGACAUCAAUACCAGUCAUCACAGCAGCAAUUUAUGUCCAGUAAUGGCCCAAUGGAAUCUUCCGGAACUAAAAGAGUCAGCGGUGGUUUAUGGGUUCGAGGCGGAUCACCAGCACUUGCUGUCCCUUCUUCCCUAGGACUCUUCUCCAGCAAUGUUACCAGUGGCGCAUCAGGGACUUCAUCUCAGGUGGACUGGAGCACUGGCAGCUCAAUGUUGCAAUUUGAUUACACCAACGUAGACUGGAGCUUGGAUAGUGGGUCGGUGUUGCCAAAACCUGACAGUCUGUGGACUGGGGCAAACUACAAUCAGAACAUUCAGCCUCAUGAUGCUUAUGGUGGGGUUCUGACGUCUAUAAGGAGGCCUGGUCUGUCAAAUGGGAAUGCUGCAGCAAUGGAUGGGCGAAGUCCUAACUACUCUACUGGUUAUUUGGAAUGGAUUUCUCCAUUUGAAGAGAAAGACCUUCUCAGUUUACCCAGACAGGUUAUAUCCUCUCCUACACUGUAAGUGAAUGGCGACGUAUUUCAUGAAUAAAGAAAAAGGACCAUGCACUUGGUGUUGAUGUUGGUGUUGGUGUUGGUGUUGGUGUUGGUGUUGGUGUUGGUGUUGGUGUUGGUGCUGGUGCUUAAUGUGAAUUGACGUGACAAUCUUAAUCGGAAAAGCAUUACAGUUUCUUUGAUUCA